GGGCGUCGCGGAAGAAGACGUCGCUUCGCCUCGCCUUGGCAGCGAGAGGAGCAGCUUCUGCGGGGAAGAGCCGCCGGCCGCCCGCGCGGGCAGGGAAUUAUCCGCCGGCUGUGCUGAGGUGGCUUCUUCUGCUAAGGUUUGCGACAAUGGCAGACAAACUACAGAAUGCCAUAUUGCAGUGAAGCUCAACCCAACAUCAUGACUCCAGAGUCUUGGAACUGUGCCUUCAGAGGAGUAAGCAGCUUUUGGGCCUCUUCGACAGAAAUGGACCUAAGGCUUAUUCACAAGCUCACCAAGUUAUCUUCUUAUAUUGACAACUGCACCAACAUUGAAAAAUGGGCGUGAACUAAGGGCCAUCGGAGCUCUGGUGAAGAAAUGCAAAUAAGAAUGCAUCCAAUUGCAAUGAAACAACAUACUCUUCUGGGAAAUGAAGUGACCCUAAAGAGUUCAGAUCUGCCUUGAUUGAAGUGUGACAUAAAAUGUUACAGCAGCUUUGCUUCUCAAAAUGGUUAGCGAUAGGGAUUGCAGUUUCUGCUGUCUUCAUGGAUUCUUUGGCCCAGAAUGAUGAUGACUGCAAGUUGGCCAGGGCAGGUCCUCCAGCAACAAUAGUUCCAAUUGAUGAAGAGAGUCGGAAUGGCACAAUAUUGGUAGACAAUAUGUUGAUCAAAGGUACAGCAAGAGGACCUGAUCCCACCAUUGAACUAACAUUAAAGGACAACGUAGACUACUGGGUUAUCUUAGAUCCUAUCAACCAGAGGCUUUAUCUAAACAGUACUGGACGAAUUCUCGACCGAGAUCCACCAAUGUCCAUUCAAUCUAUUGUGGUUCAAGUCCAGUGCGUUAACCGAAAAGUAGGAACUGUUAUCUAUCACGAAGUUCGGAUUGUAGUGAGGGACAGAAAUGAUAACUCUCCCCAGUUUCAGCAGCAGCAGUACUAUGUAGCAGUCAACGAGUUGACACCAGUUGGAACUACCAUCUUUACAGGAUUCUCUGGAAACAAUGGUGCCACAGACAUAGAUGAUGGUCCCAAUGGACAGAUAGAGUACGUCAUCCAGUACAAUCCCAGCGACCCAACUUCAAAUCGAACUUUUGAUAUUCCUCUCACACUGUCUGGAGCAGUAGUUUUGCGUGAGAGGCUAAAUUAUGAAGAAAAAACACGCUAUUUUGUCAUUGUCCAAGCCAAUGACCGAGCUCAAAACCUUAUGGAACGAAGAACAAGUACAACCACCCUUACUGUUGAUGUCCUUGAUGGGGAUGACCUUGGACCAAUGUUCCUUCCAUGUGUAUUAGUUUUUAACACUCGGGAUUGCCGGCCGCUCACUUACCAGGCUAGCUUGCCGGAGCUCACGGACCCUGCACGUGUGAACCCAAUCAAUGUCACACCAACUAUACAAGCUAUAGAUCAGGACCGAAACAUCCAGCCUCCUUCAGAUCGGCCAGGGAUCCUCUAUUCCAUCUUAGUUGGGACUCCUGAGGAUUAUUCACAGUAUUUCAGUAUGAAUGCGACAACUGCUGUACUCAGCCUCCUAAAGCCAAUAAACAGGGAUUUGCACCAGAAAUUUGAUUUGGUUAUUAAGGCAGAACAAGACAAUGGCCAUCCUCUUCCAGCAUUUGCCAACCUACAUAUUGAAGUUCUAGAUGAAAACAAUCAGAAGCCUUACUUCACAGAAGCAGCGUACGAGGGCUUUAUUUUAGAGUCCUCCCCUGUGGGUACAACGAUCUCAGAUAACCAGAACUUGACGUCUCCACUGCAGAUCAUAGCUUUGGAUAACGAUGUAGAAGAGACAAAGGACCCCCUGCUCCAUAUUUUUCUAAACGACUACAACACAUUUUUCACUGUGACUCAGACUGGCAUAACUCGCUACCUCACCUUGCUUCAACCAGUUGACAGGGAGCUCCAACAGCUGUACACCUUUUCGAUGAUAGCUUCUGAUGGUGUUCAAGAAAGCCCCCCAGUCACAGUCAAUAUUGUUGUGAUUGAUGCAAAUGAUAACUCUCCAACCUUCUCCAACAUAUCAUAUAAUGUCAAGAUUUACACAGACAUGAGGCCUGGAGAAAGCGUUAUCAAGCUCACUGCCAUGGAUGCCGAUGAAGGUUCAAAUGGGCGGAUCACAUAUGAAAUCCUGGCCGGAGAUCCGGGAGACUUUGUGAUCAAUGAUCAAACAGGCCUUAUCACUAUUGCUCCAGGAAUUGAAUUGGUGGUAGGACGCUCCUACGCCCUCACUGUCAAAGCAUCUGACAGUGCUCCUCUUGCACAGAGAAGGAGCUCCAUCACUACUGUUUACAUUGAAGUUCUUCCUCCAAAUAAUCAGAGCCCACCCCGCUUUCCACAGCAGAUGUACAGUCUUGAACUUAGUGAGGCCAUGAGAAUUGGUGCCAUUUUGCUAAAUUUGCAGGCAACUGAUCGAGAGGGUGACCCCAUAACAUACGUCAUACAGAAUGGAGAUCCUCAGCACGUAUUUAACCUUUCUCGAACAUCCGGACUUCUAGCCUUAGGAAAGCCUUUAGACAGAGAAAGCACUGAUCGCUACAUUUUGAUUGUUACAGCCUCAGAUGGCCGACCAGAUGGGACAUCAACUGCUACAGUGAAUGUGGUUGUAACAGAUGUAAAUGACAAUGGGCCAGUCUUUGAUCCUUUUCUGCCUAAGAACCUUACAGUACUAGAAGAGGAAGCCAAUGCAUUUGUUGGUCAAGUGAGGGCUACUGACCCAGAUGCUGGAGUAAAUGGUCAAGUCCGUUACAGUUUGGCAAACUUCAACAAUCUUUUCCGCAUAACAUCCAAUGGCAGUAUUUACACUUCAGUGAAGCUAAAUAGAGAAAACAGGGACUAUUAUGAACUCAUUGUUGAAGCAACAGAUGGAGCUGUGGAUGCCCGCCGUACAACAUUAACUCUGGGAAUCAAAGUUCUGGAUAUUGAUGACAACAGCCCUGUGUUCACGAAUGCUUCCUAUACAGUGACUAUUCCUGAAAACCUGCCCCCAGGCAGCGUCUUCCUACGUUUAGAGGCUAAGGAUAUUGACCUUGGAGCCAAUAUUACCUAUGGAAUACGAACCCGGGAAGCGUUGCAGUAUUUUUCAUUGAACAAAUUUAACGGGGACCUGUCACUUAUAAAGUCCUUGGAUUUUGAGUCAUUUCCUGACCCAGAUGCAGCAUUCACUUUUUUAGUGGAAGCCUUCGAUAUUGGGGGAACAAUGCCUCCAGGCCUUGCUACUGUCACUGUGAGAAUAAGGGAUAUGAACGAUUUCUCCCCAGUAUUUAGCAAACCUCUGUACAGGGGCAUGGUUGCUCCUGAUGCAAUCAAGGGCACGGUUAUAACAACGGUUGAAGCUGAGGAUCUGGACCCUCCGGGGACACCAGCAAGUUGGGUGAGGUAUAAAGUGGAUGUAGUCCAGUUCCCUUACAGUGCAAGUAUCUUUGACGUCGAAGAAGAUUCUGGACGUGUGGUUACUCGUGUGAACCUUAAUGAAGAGCCCAGUACAUUAUUUAAGCUCGUGGUCAUCGCCUAUGAUGAUGGGGAUCCUGUGAAGUUCAAUACCACCACUGUAGAAAUUUCAGUACUGCAACCCUCAGUAAUUCCAAGGUUUACCCAGGAUGAAUACAGGCCCCCUCCUGUGAGUGAAGGUGCACCCAAAGGAACUCACGUUGUUGUUGUAACUGCUGCUGCUUUGAAUCAGACGAUUAUCUAUUCCAUUGUUUCAGGAAAUGAAGACGAUGUGUUUGCUAUUAAUAACAGAACAGGUGUCAUCUACGUCAAAAACCCACUGGAUUAUGAAACUGUGAAAAGCUAUUUACUUCGCGUGCAAGCAGACUCGCUACAAGUGGUCCGCUCCAAUUUACCUGUGCCAUCCAAAAGUAAUACUGCCAAAGUGUUCAUUGAAGUACAGGAUGAAAAUGACCAUGCACCUGUCUUCACAAGGAAGCAAUACAUAGGAGGCGUGUCUGAAGAUGCUAGAAUGUUCGCUUCCGUGAUGAAAGUGAAGGCGAAUGAUAAAGAUACGGGCAACUACAGUGCUAUGCAGUACAGACUCAUCAUCCCUCCAAUCAAGGAUGGCAAGGAAGGUUUUGUGAUCGAACCUUAUACGGGGCUGAUCAAAACUGCUAUGCUCUUCAAAAACAUGCGGCGGUCGUAUUUCAAGUUUCAGGUCAUUGCUACGGACAACUAUGGAAAGGGGCUGAGCAAUAAAUCAGAUGUACUUGUCUCUGUAGUCAACCAGUUGGACAUGCAAGUCAUUGUCUCCAAUGUUCCUCCUACUCUUGUGGAACAAAGCAAGGAUCAGCUUAUAGGGAUUUUGGAACGCUAUAUUCAAGACCAGAUUCCUGGCGCAAGGGUUGUGGUAGAAUCCAUUGGUGCUCGCAGAUACGGAGAUGGCUAUUCAGAAGAAGACUAUUCGAAAUCCGAUCUUAUGGUCUACGCAAUUGACCCUCAAACAAACCGUGCUAUAAUGAGGAACGAGCUGUUCAAAUUUCUGGAUGGCAAGCUCCUUGAUAUCAAUAAAGAAUUUCAGCCGUACCUUGGGCAAGGAGGACGCAUUUUGGAAAUCCGCACUCCAGAUGUGGUGGCCAAUGUCAAGAAGCAGGCCCAAGCCGUAGGCUACACAGAAGGGGCAUUGCUGGCUCUGGCUGUCAUCAUCAUCCUUUGCUGCAUGCCUGCUAUUUUAAUAGUUAUGGUCAGCUACAAACAGAGACAAGCAGAAUGUGCAAAGACAGCUCGAAUCCAGAUGGCCUUACCAGCUGGCAAACCAGCAAGCACUCCUGCCCAUAAUCUCUAUGAAGAACUCGGCGACAGCACCAUGCGUGGAUAUGCACAGCAAGAGCAACAGCAAUUGCUGAGGCCGUCCCUUCUCAGACCAGAGGAACUUUCUAUGGAAUCUGGAAUUGAUCCUGGCCAAGAGUACUACGGGCAAGAUUACUACAGUUAUGAACAUGGGUAUUAUUCAUUCUGCAUUUUCUAUACCACUUCACAACUUUACAUGCCAACCAGAGCAAGAAUCGAAAGGACUGCUUUAGGCACGGCCAAGCAGUUUUUACACUAGAUUUCUUUGAACAGCAGAGCCCAGUACCAUAUCACAAAUGGUGAAAGUCCCUUUGAAUUAAAAAUAAGUUUGCUCGUUCCCUUGGGCAGAGCCGGCCCACCCAUGGCGGCCUCAGGCGGUUGAAGUGCAAGAGGAGGUGCUCUGUCUGCCUCACCACUUCCACUGCUGAGAGGGAGGGGCUUCAGUGUGUGGCAUUGUCAGGGGACCACCAGGGGUCAGCAGGGAGCCCAACGGAUCGGUGGAAGGGCUGCAAGAUGCUGCUGCCUCAGAGCAUCGGUAGGAAGGUGGUGCUGAGGCUCCCACAGCAGUGGAGCGCCAAGGGGACACUGACAGCUCACAGGAGCAGUGGGGAAGAUCGGAAGUGUCGGACCUGAGCGCUGCAGAGGGAGAAGUGUCAGUAACCAGAGAGCCUGCUUAACAGUUUAGCAGUUCUGAGGGGGGGGGAGCUAUGUUCCUGCCCCUUCACCCCAGGAGCACAGGGGGGGGACAAACACAGGGAGCAAAAGCAGAAGCUGAGGGCUCCCCAGUUCCUGUCAUGUUGGCGCCAAUCGAAACGCGCACCACUUCCGGAUUCUGUAUCGGACUAGAGAAGUCAUGGACUUUUUAGCUCUGUCUUGUACAUAUGUAUAUAAUAAAACUCUGUAAAAACCAGCUACAGAGUUUGAAGCCUCUUACUCGUGAGAAGCUAACAAGCGCCCUUACAGGCAUUGCCACCUAUAUCUUCCUCACUCCUGGGAGGAGAAGCCGAGUGAGGGGCAACGCUUUGAGGAGCAUCCCGUCUUCCACUGAGUUUGACGAGAGCUGGGGCACAGCGGCUAAGGAAGUGGGCUGUGGUGCAGUGCACCACAGCAGGCCAGGAGGCAGCAAUUCCUGUUUGCUGCAGGCAGCAAGACGGGACAAGCCGUCCCUGCCCUUGGACAUGCCACAUGUUAUAUGUUGUGCCUUUCUGUUAUGUCUGUUCAUCUUGUAAAACUGCACUAUUUGUAGCUGCUUCCAAGGACAGGGCCAAGUACAGUGGUACCUUGGUUUAUGAACACAAUUGGUUCCGGAAGUCUGUUCAUAAACUGAAGCAUUCAUAAACUGAAGCGAACUUUACCAUUGAAAGUAAUGGAAAGUGGAUUAAUCCGUUCCAGACGGGUCCGCAGAGUACUUAAACUGAAGCGUUCAUAAACUGAAGCAUGGGUGUAAUUGGUUCCGGAAGUCUGUUCAUAAACUGAAGCGUUCAUAAACUGAAGCAAACUUUCCCAUUGAAAGUAAUGGAAAAUGAAUUAAUCCGUUCCAGAUAGAUCCACAGCGUUCAUAAACCGAAAAUUCAUAAACCGAGGUGUUCAUAAACCGAGGUUCCACUGUACAGCAUAAAAUAGUAUUCUAGUCUCCCGUUGUGACAAGAGAUGGGGGAGAAAUUUGAUUCAGUUCACCUUUAAAGUCAAACCAACCUAAGCUGCAUUUUCCAAAACAAUACACCUGGCUGAAACACAACAAUUCUUUGAAAUCUGCACUUCUCUGAAUUUUGAAAUGUCAUUCUCUGGCUAAUUAGUGUGUUCAGAAAUGAUAUGCAAGGUAAAAUGUGCAUAAAGAUGCAGAUAUUGGUGCAGAUAAUAUAGAAAAAUGCAUUAUAUUAAUGGAAAUUGCUUUGCAAAAUGUAUAUUAGACAAGAUUGCAUACGGCUAUGUGUUUAUUAGGAGAAGUUUGCAUUAAAGUUUGCCAGCCUGGGCUCCUUCAAGAGGAAGGGCAAAAUAUAAAUUGAAUGGAUAGAUAGAUAGAUAGCUGCUUAAUUUUCACGAGAACCUCUUUUUUAAAAACAAUAAUUGCAAACUGAUGGUCCAUGGGGUCACGAAGAGUCGGACACGACUAAACGACUAAACAACAACAAUUGCAAACUAAUGUGAAAUUGCAAUUGCAAACUAAUUGUGAGUAGAAAAAUAAGAAACCAAUAGAAACCAAAAUUGACUGAUUCACCCAUCCCUUGUUGUGACUGACUACAGUAGUGUCAGAGUGAUGGUUACAUUACCUACACAUGUGUAUCUUCCGUGGGCUUCAUAGCAGGUUUGUUGUGACCCCCCUGACAUUCCCCCCCCCAGUUCCUCAAAACAGCUGUACAAGAAUAAGUCUGAGGUAGGAAAACAAAAGGGCAUUUUUGUAUGUGUAUAUAUCCCUCUUUCCUCACUGCCACCAAAACCAAGAAGAUACCAUAUAUAAGAUAUAGUUUGCAGUAAAACUAUAGUAACAAGAGUACUCACUUUAAAAAAAAGAAGCAAGCAAGCAAGCUAAGGAUGAGUGAUCUUGCAUGUAUUUGUGAGUAUGCAUAACCAACAUGGAUACAAACAUAAAGGAUGUCUGU